UUUGCGGUUCUGCUAAGUAAUGACUUCGGUUACGUGUGGGGCGUGUUCCCUGAAGAUAACAGCAGAAAAUGACCGAGUUUACUGUUCCGGAGGUUGUGACCAAAUACUGCACGUUUCAUGUUCCGAUUUGAGAUCCUCGGCAAUCACUGCGCUGUGCGAAAACGUCUCGUUAAAGUUCAUUUGCUUCAACUGCCGUAAAAAGCAACUGUGCCUAAGUGAUAUCCAAAGAAAAUGCAAUCAAUUGCUCGAUACAGUUAAUAAUAUGGCCAAAACGAGUGAUAAUCUUCCUCAACAGAUUUCUGCGAAUAUCAUUGAAAGUACUAUGAAUCUGCUUGAGAAUAGGCUGAACGACCUUGAAAGUAAAUUUAUCGAUCGUAUCACCGACAAAUUGGACGUUCUCAUGAGGAAUAAAGUAACUGUAACUGACGCAAUUAAUAACAAACCACCUCAGCGCUCAUACGCAGCCGUUGCACGCUCGAACUUAGAUCAGGCAUCAACAGCACCGAAACGGAAAGCAGACAGCACCCCUGCCUGUGAUCUGCCUUCUAAGAAGAAACCUACCCAGGACCAAACGAUACACACUGACAGCGGCUUACUUCGGUCUGGUAAACGUCGUAUUGCAAGCACAACUGACUUUGAUAAGAAUCCUCCAUCGACUUGUAACUCUUCUUCGCAACCUUGUUCGGACGCACCUGCUGCUAAGCCAAAAUCUGUUAUCCGCCUAGAGCAGACUGUUCUCAUUAAGCCUAAGACAAAUCAAAGUCCAGAUGCAACUAAAGAUGAUGUAUGUAAGCAGCUUGACCCAGUUUCCCUCGCAAUUAAAGAAGUUCACUUCAAACCUUCUGGUGAAGCCGUGCUCAGAUGUGAUUCUGUUGAAUCUUCAGCCAAACUUGUAGAAGCGGCAAAAAAAUCACUCGGCGAAAAGUAUGACGCUGAAAUUCAAAAAGCGUUAAAACCUAGGCUGCAAAUUUUUGGAUUCACGGACAAAAUUGACGAAGAUAACCUGAUCAUACAUAUACGGAAACAAAACGAGCUUGCCGAUAAUGCUGAUAUCAAAGUUGUGCGAACAAAUGCCACUUCUGUCAUCGUUGAGUCUGACGCUACAACGUUUGAAAAACUGGUCAACCUACGCCGUGUAAAUAUUGGAUGGGAGAGAUGCAGAGUUCGGGAAUACAUUGACGUACUGCGCUGCUACCGCUGCUCGGAAUAUGGCCACAUCGCAUCGUCUUGCACAAAGCCUCCGUGUUGUCCUAAGUGCGCUGGAGGGCACGAGCGGAAAGAUUGCACCUCUGUCUCUGAUAAAUGUGUAAAUUGCCACAACGAGAAUUUAGCCAAAAAGCAAAAUAGUGAUAUAUUGCUUGAUGUUAACCACCCCGCAUGGAGCCAGAUGUGUCCGAUCCACCAGCAGCGAAUCAAAAGAAAGCGACAACGAAUUGAUUACUGCUCGUAGCAGUC